UGACUCCUGUGGCCUGGCUUAUAUCUUUGAGUGCCUGUUCAGCGGGUACAGCUGCUCUCGAUAUCGUCCGUUGUGCAUUUGGCUGCCGCCAUUCGUCUGGGCUGUGCAUAUCGCCGGAGAUUCCUACCUGAAUCCUCAAGGAUGCCGGCGCCAACCGGGGCCGUAAUUGCCCUUGUAGUUAUCAUGGCUGUCCAUGCGGUGGUCGCCCAAGGACCGCCCGAGGACGAAGUGACGUACCUGCCCGGUUUGGCCAAUCACACCACUUUCAAACAAUACUCGGGGUUUCUUCGAGCGGGAGGAACGCGACGAUUGCAUUACUGGUUUAUCGGUAGCGAACGUUCACCUGAGACCGAUCCAGUCAUUCUGUGGAUGAAUGGCGGGCCAGGAUGCAGCUCCCUGCUGGGACUCAUGUCGGAGCAGGGCCCUUUUCGAGUAGUCAAGAGAGGACACAAGCUGAUCAUUAAUCCUUACAGAUGGAACCAGAUCGCAAACAUAAUCUUCUUGGAAUCACCUGCCGGAGUUGGUUAUUCUUACGACCUUAGCGGGCAAUACUCGACCAAUGACGAUCAGACGGCGGAUGACAACUACCUGGCCCUUCAGGACUUCUUCACGAAGUUUCCCAGCUUGAAGACCAAUGACUUCUACAUCGCAGGCGAGAGUUAUGGAGGCAUCUACGUGCCCAUGCUGACACUGCGUGUGCUUAAAGAUCCAAAGGACAUUCGGCUUAAGGGAUACGCCAUUGGCAAUGGUGCCCUUGAUUUUAACAUCCUGGGCAACGCCUUGGUGUUCUUCGGGUACUACCACGGCCUCUACGGACUAAGUCUGUGGACCAGGCUGACGACUAACUGCUGUAACGGAAGCGUUUCCCAGCAGUCGUGCAACUUUGUGUACCGCCAGACUAGCGCGUGCGAAGAAGCGGUUCAGGACGCUAUGACCGUCAUCUACCAGGAGCACCUGAACGUGUACAACUUGUACGACAAGUGCGAAGACGAAGAAGGCAAAGCGAACGGCUACCGCGCUUCCCGCGCAAGUUCCUCGUCUCGCUACCACCGAUCGAAGCAGCUGAUGGCCCACAGUGUGAACUUGCUACGACAUCGGGACAAUCUAGGCGUGACUCCACCAUGCAUCGACAGUGAGAAUGUUAAGCGCUACCUUACACGAGCUGACGUGAAAACGGCGCUGCACGUCGAGAGCUCGCCGCUGGAGUGGGACGAGUGCAGUGACGUGUUGAACUACACGACGCAGUACAGGUCAAUGAGGAACGUCGUUAAGGAGCUCGUCGACUCCGGAACACUGAAGACUCUCAUAUACAACGGCGACAUUGACAUGGCCUGCAACUUUCUCGGAGACGAGUGGUUCGUCAACACGUUAGGAUACAAUCCAACAUCGACGUACAAGAUAUGGAAGCAUGGAGAGCAAGUCGCCGGGUUUUUUCAGACGUACGAGAACAACAUCACAUUCGUGACGAUUAAGGGAGCCGGCCACAUGGUGCCGGAGGACAAGCCGGCUCAAUCAUUGGAGAUGAUAGAGAACUUCAUUAACGACACGCCGUUCUAACAACGUCUUGGAGGCUCCGGGUCACUGCGAAAAAUAAAUUCAGCUGGAACUU